GAACGGUAUGGUCGAUCUGGAAAGUGUUUUCAUUGCGCUCGUUUGCGCCACCAUUUAUGUGAAUUCCAUCUUCUGUGGUUUUGUCUUUGACGAUGCUUCCGCAGUCAAGGAGAAUAAAGAUCUACGACCGUCCACACCUUUAAGUGAACUUUUCCGAAAUGACUUUUGGGGCACACCAAUGCAUCAAGAAAGGAGCCACAAAUCUUACAGACCAUUAACUGUUUUAACUUUUCGCUGGAACUAUUUAGUACACGGACUCCACCCUGCCGGUUACCACGCUGUGAAUGUCAUCCUGCAUUUACUGGUCUGCAUUCUAUUCCUAAGAGUCUGUCGUAUUCUGUCGUCCGAGUGUUGCGCAUUUAUCAGCAGCUUGCAUUUUGCAGUUCACCCUAUUCAUACUGAAGCGGUUACGGGUGUUGUUGGAAGAGCUGAACUUCUAUCUGGUCUCAUUUUUCUACUCAUCUUUAUACAAAACGAAAAAUCACGUCACGAGAGAUGCCUUCAUCAAUCAAUCAGUGUGUUCAUCAUCUGUGUGUUGCUCACUAUCGGAACGCUAUGCAAAGAACAAUGUAUCACUAUUGUUGCUGUUCUUUGGGCAUAUGAAUUUAUCCUGAUAUAUAAGUCCCUUUUGCAGCUCCGUAUUGACGACGACACAUCAGCCACUGCCCCCAUGAGUUGUUUGCGGAGAUUGUUCUGCCGAUCACCAAUGCAUUUAUUGGAGAUGUUUUGGAAAUACUUUUUCAAAAACCAACGGUUCUUGCAUCUUUUUGUCAUCUCUCUCUGGGCCGCUGUUUUAAUGUUUGUUCGGAUGCGCAUAAUGGAUUUCCAGCUACCCCAUUUUUCUGAAUUUGACAAUCCCGCAGCACAUGCACCUACAUUAAUUCGCCGGCUCACAUAUUUAUAUCUAAUCCCCGUAAACCUGUGGUUACUGUUUUGUCCAUCCGGGUUGUGCGUCGAUUGGACUUUGAGCAGUUUACCGCUUAUCACUGGUUGGAUGGAUCCUAGGAAUUGCUUAACGCUGGUCGCCUUCCUUGGACUUGCAUUGCUUUUCGUGAUGGCACUCAAUCCGAACAGUUCAAGAGAACAAUCUGUUAUACUAGCUAUGGGCUUGAGUAUCAUGGUCUUCGCAUUUAUUCCGGCCAGCAAUCUGUUCUUCCCCGUCGGUUUCGUGAUUGCCGAGCGUGUUCUGUACGUUCCAAGCUUUGGUUUUAGUCUCCUGUUUGGCUUCGGGUAUCACGUCUCUGUUAAACGCAGUUUGCUCAACGACAGACGUCCUUAUUCUUCGCAAUUGCAGCCUGUGAGCGUCAUAAAACGAAAACCCAUACGCCCUUUUGUUUACAAAGCUAUUUUGGUUCUCGUCCUGCUCUCACUCAGUGCGAAAACGGUCCGACGUAAUUUUGAUUGGAUAGACGAAUACAGGCUGUUUUCGUCGGCAUUGAAAGUAAAUCCACGAAACGCCAAGAUGUGGAAUAAUGUUGGUCACGCGUUGGAAUCUGAACAAAAAUUUCAUCACGCCCUUGAAUACUUCAGGAAAGCCGUUGAUGUUCAACCAAACGACAUCGGUGCACACAUCAAUGUUGGACGCACUUACGUUACUUUAGGGAAGUUUGAUGAAGCUGAAAACGCUUAUCGUCGUGCACUUGACUUUUUUCCGAAACCUAAACGAGGACAGACGUAUUUUGCUCGCGUGGCUCCAAAAGACCUGAUGGUCUUCAUCAAUCUUGCCAACUUACUCCUCAACAAGGACCCACCCCAAUUGGAUGAAGCUGCUGGUCUCCUUCGGCGCGCUAUAUCCCUUCGUUCAGAUUUCGUCGAGGCCUAUCAGAACUACGGGAGCGUUUUGAUCAAACAAAAUAACACAGAGGAGGCCGAAGCUGUUUAUCGGAAAGCUUUAGAGUUUCAACCUAGAAAUCCUGAUCUACACUACAAUCUGGGAGUCGUUUUGUUGGAAUCGAACCGCAGUGAAGAAGGAGUUAGUUUUCUGCUCAGUGCACUUUCCAUGAAACCUGGCUUUAAGCCAGCGAUGCUCGCUCUUGCGUCAACUCUCGCAGAAUCUUCUAACCCCUCCGAUCGUUCCCGAAGCAAACAACUUCUCGAAGAACUAUCUUCUGAGGAAUACGAACUUCGGAAGGUUUGGUUCUCUCUCGCGAUGCUCGAAACGGACUUGCGCAAUUACAGCAAUGCUGUCUUCUACUAUCGGAAGCUUCUUCAAAUGGAACCGGAACACCGCAGUGCCCUCUUCAACCUGGCUUUGCUUUACGUUUAUCACUUGAGCAUCUACGAAGAGGCGGAACCUUUACUUCAACAGCUGAUUAAGGUACACCCAAACCAUGUUAAAUCUUAUCUGUUGCUCGGUGAAAUUGAAUUAAACUGGAAAAAACAACCCAGAUCCGCCUUACUGGCUUUUGAGAAAGCUUUUGAGCUAGAUCCUCGGAACAUUCAAGCGAAACACAAUGUCUGCGUUACACUGGCGGAAGCGGGUGACCUUAAAGCCAGCGAAACAUGUAUUCUGGAAGCUAUUUCGAUGGCACCGCGGGAUGAGACAUUACGAAACUAUUUGAGCAUCAUCCGUCGUCGGCUGAAAGAUGGGUCGGCUGAUUAACGCAUGUUUGAGCGAUUUUUUUGGAAUACCAUUGAGUCUUCCCUUCCGUUCAAUCUUGGCGUUUCGCCUCUGUCUGCUAUACAUGCUACAGCACUGCAAAUUUCAGAAGCAGUGUGAAUUUUUGUGUGACUGUAUCUGCUCCUAACCAUGACCUAUAUGCCCAUGACUGUACUAUUCUUUGGUCGCUUAUCUAGAUUGACAUUUGCCCUUCCCCCACGUUUUCCGGUCCCGCCCACUGUUAUCCAGUACACUGACCAUAGCAGUUUUCUUACUUUAACAUUAGCAUUGACAAUGACCUUUGAAAUCGACAGCUAUGAUACAACAGCAACUCCAUACUUUGUUUGUUUGCGAUACCCUGCGUUUUCCGGCACAUUUGUCUCAUUCUCUCUUGUUCGACAACGUCUCCAUACUUUCCAUGUUGUCAGCUUUCCGAGUGCUUUUUGCUAGUCACUUGAUUUCUGCCAUACUUUUGUCAUAUUUUGGUUUUGAUAAAUAUUUUAUCAGCGUUUGGCAUUUAAGUCCGAGUGAACUAUUUCCCAUCUUAUCAUUUACUCCUCUAUGUAUAUUUACAU